UCUCAUGACACCCAUUCACUCCUCUGCCCUGUUGAUUCUUAAACCUCUCAACCCGCAGGUUUGGAAACGAUUUUUCGAUAUUUUUCAACGACUUACCUGAACCACCUCGAAUGUUAAAACACUAAGACGUCUCAUAACUCCGAAGAUCUCACAAAUUCGAUACCCAAUUCCUCUUACUUCCUCAAACUCCAUCUUCACCAGAUAGGUAGAUCACGGAUCAGACGACGUCCGAACCUUCAAAUGUCUUGAUGCAACGGUUACCGGGUCCUCCUUACUACAAACUUCAUCUCAGCUUUCUACGCAUAAUCUUUCCCCCGCCGCUCGGAUGCCCGCUGUCAGAAAAGAUCAGAUAAUCAUCUCAAGGGCUCUUCCCUUCAAACCGCAUCUUAGACAUUCCGUCAUUUCGACUAGGUGUCAUAAGCCUGAUACAAGCUACGAAGGAGACCAUCAUCUCCAGCCCAGUGAUUACGGUCCUGGUGCCCGGGGAUAUAGGUAGAGGUACGCCUCGAUAUAUCGGUACAAAACGACUUUUGGGACAACAGCGCUGUGCACUCAUUGUCGUCGAUACCAUUCCUUCGAGUCGACGCAAUUUUACUUUCGUUAUUCACAUUCUCCGCUGGCUCGGAUACUUAUUUUUUAUUAUUACUAUUAAGAUUUUCUUUAUUUCAAACCGUACUGACGAAUUGUACCAACGAUACCCUUUUCUUAUUUCCUCUACGGUCUAUCUGAAGACCACACAUUGGUGACUUUCCUCACAUCGGUUCGAAGACUUCUUCAUUCUAGGAUAGAAUGGGAAGACUUAUCAAGAAUCACUGGGCACGUCUAAUUGUCCUCACUGCCGCAAUUUAUCAAGUAGCAGCUGCAAUCGAAGGAUUCUUCUGGCCCAAAAUAUUCUGGGACUUUCUCACCAAGAAUCUCGACGGUGCCGUCAAGCCUUUGCCAAUAUUACAGAUCAUCAAUUUGGUUUUUGGCCUAUUUAUGCUAGCUUGGGAGUGGCCACUUGGAUUCUUCGUUGGCACGUCUUUCUAUCGCAGCAUCGAGGCUCGAUUGGUUAUCCUCCCUUUGACAGCUUUGGCUUCCGCGUUACUAUACCAAGCCACCAACCCAGCUAUCUACUACACCAUUGGACUAGUGGUAUAUUUCUGGGCGUAUAGUGAAGGGGAAGUGAUAGCUGGGGUUUGGAAGCUUCCUCCUCGGAGAUCCACAACGGGAAAGGUCUAACGGAGAGGAGAGGACAUGGUGACGUGCUGGGUGAGGGAUAGAAAAGGAAAGGCAGGGACUAUGGUAGAGGGAUAUGGAACGGCAUGGAUAUACAUGAAUGACUACGACAUCUCAUUCACCCAACUGCAAGGGCAGGAUUGCAUAUUAGGGUUGGAGUUUCGAGGGAUUGGGGGAAUUCAUCAGCGGACGGCGUUUAAUCUUUGGGUGGGGGGUAAUGUGAGAUGAAUGAAUGGAAAGAUGGAGAUGGAUGAGGAUGGAAAUGGAAAUGGGAGGGGAAUGGAAAUGGAAGUUUGAAGGUGGAUAGAGGCGGGUUAGAAUUGACUACGCGUGAUAGUCUCUCGAACUUCAAGAUGUUGUCUAUCGUUAAUAAUUCACAACAUCUGACAAACCAGUUGUGUUUGCUUUGACAACCUUGUGGAGAGGAGUGUAUCGAGAGACAGACGAAAAGAAAGACAGCCUACUUAAGAUUUGUAUGCACAUUCCAUGCAUGCAUACAUACAUCUUUCAUACUUAAUGUCAAAUCGAAUACUCAUCAUUCUCUAAAUCAUCCCUCUUGCUCGCUCGCUCUCUAUCUUCUCUGUGUACAUACAUACCAUUGUGAUUCUUCAUAGAGAUACCUACUCUACGGAGUACCCCAUCAUCUAAUACCUACCUACCUCUGCUCACCCAACUCUCAACUCAACUCGUAUCCAUCCACACAUUCCCACCCUCACCUUCGUCCGAAUCAAUGUAGAACAAGAAAUCGAGAAUCACAAUCGAGUAAUAUUCUCCGUCGUCACUCAACUCCUAUAUCUUCUUGCCGUACAUGUAUAUAGUAUCUAGGUACCCGCAUAUCUAUCACUUUGCUCCUAAACUCCAAUCUGGAUUUAUUAUUAUAUUAUAUUAUAUUAGUAGGUAGCAUGGGAAAAUGUAUUCGUGAGUGCGGAAAUUGGAUACUGGUAUAUAGGUAUGUAUGGUAAGCAGAUGUGAAAAAGU